AUGAUGGUGACUGCGUCCUACGCCAUCUGCGCGGGCUCCGGUUGCGGACCAGCUUGCUGCUGGCAUGCCAACGGGUUCGCCUUCUGGGCCUUUGCUAAACCCUGGGACAUGGAGUCGAACAGCAUGUCAGCGUCGAACAGCACGUCAGAGUCGAACAGCACAUCAGCGUCGAACAGCACGUGGGACUACUCCUGCUCGGUGAAUAUCAACUUCAACGGCGACAGCAGGAACUACUUGGUCAGCCCGGUUAAGCUUGAUGCGAUCAACUACGUCCCCGUCGACGGGUUCAUGGCCAACGACGGCAAUUGGGUCAGCGCCACCAUCACCUGCGACGGCUAUGUCAUCGGGAUGUUUGAUGUCGGCGACCCGGAAACCAUGUAUAACGAGUGUGGAGGCAUCCCGGCCCCCGGUCCCAUCUGCUCAUGGACGUGGACCUCAUUCAAUAGAAUGAGCCCCUGGACGGCGUUCUACGUGGACCGGCGGUGCAACGCCGAAGAGAUGAUGAUGGCCUACGGCAACAGCACUGCCCCGCACGACGAGCUGUCCUACGGCACGUUCGAGACCUGCGCCCCUCUCUUUAACUGA